UGGUCAUUCUUGUCCAAACCUCAACAAUGUCUCUAUCCCUAAAUCCAAUCACAAUGGCACAUUAUCUCAAACCCUCGUCGUCUUGUCCGUGAAGCAAACCAAAAAGCACAACACUAACUUUGGAAACCCAUUUUCUAUCUUUCUUGCAAAUCAAGAUGACGCAGAAGCUCGUACGCCUUGUGAUCGUCUCUCUGGCUAUUACUGUCACUUUACUUCAAGCAAAAACCGAUAACCAAGAAGUCUCCGCGUUGAACGUAAUGUUCACGAGCUUAAAUUCGCCGUCGAAACUCAAAGGUUGGAAAGCUAACGGAGGUGAUCCCUGCGAAGAUUCUUGGGAAGGCGUCAAAUGCAAAGGCUCUUCGGUCACUGAAUUACAGUUAUCAGGCUUUGAGCUAGGUGGAUCUCGCGGUUAUCUACUAAGCAACCUCAAAUCUCUCACAACUUUUGAUCUCAGCAAAAACAAUCUCAAAGGAAACAUACCUUAUCAACUCCCACCCAACAUUGCCAAUCUAGACUUUUCUGAAAACGAACUCGAUGGAAACGUGCCCUACUCGUUAUCUCAAAUGAAAAAUCUCCAAAGCAUUAAUCUUGGACAAAACAAGCUCAAUGGAGAACUACCAGAUAUGUUUCAGAAACUGUCCAAACUCGAAACUCUGGACUUUUCGUUGAAUAAACUCUCUGGGAAAUUACCUCAGAGUUUUGCUAAUCUCACAAGCCUCAAAAAACUACACUUGCAGGAUAAUCGAUUCACAGGCGACAUAAACGUUCUCAGGAACCUUGCCAUCGAUGACUUGAACGUCGAAGACAACCAGUUUGAAGGAUGGAUACCUAAUGAGCUUAAGGACAUAGACAGUUUACUGACUGGAGGUAACGACUGGUCAACUGAAACUGCUCCACCACCACCACCGGGUGUUAAAUAUGGCCGAAAAUCUUCGGGUUCGAAAGACGGAGGAGGUAUAACCGCCGGAACUGGAAUGGUGAUCGCUGGAGCAUGUUUAGGCGUUCUUGUGUUGAUCAUUGUUUUAAUUGCGCUCGUUUCCAAGAAAAAAUCAUCUCUCUCACCUCAUUUCAUCGACGAAGAUAACAGUCAUCACACCCCAAAGUUCAAAUCUCUCACCUCGCAUGGAUCUGCGCAAGAGCUUCGUGUUGAUUUCGGCAACGAUUACAAAGAUGGGAAAUCUGGAGAUUCGGGUGAUGAAAAUAUCCAUAGGAUAGGAUCAAAGGGACUAAAACAUUAUGUUUCGUCGCGUGUGAUGUCUUUCACUGAUACCGAAUUUGCGAACAAGCUCAAUGCAAAACGAACCACUUCAACUCGUUCCGCUGUGGAAUUCGAGCUCUCUGAUUUGCAAAGCGCAACAGCCAAUUUCUCACCUGGAAAUCUACUAGGGGAAGGCUCAAUCGGACGUGUUUACAGAGCCAAAUAUUCCGACGGACGUACUUUGGCGGUUAAGAAGAUCGAUUCAACGUUGUUUGAUUCGGGUAAAUCAGAAGGAAUAACGCCGAUUGUAAUGAGCCUCUCAAAGAUUAGGCAUCAAAAUAUAGCAGAGCUCGUAGGCUAUUGCUCAGAGCAAGGUCACAACAUGUUAGUCUACGAAUACUUCAGGAAUGGCUCACUCCAUGAGUUCCUUCAUUUGUCAGAUUGCUUCAGUAAACCCUUGACUUGGAACACAAGAGUCAGAAUCGCCUUGGGAACCGCUCGAGCCGUUGAGUACCUGCACGAGGCAUGUUCACCUUCUGUGAUGCAUAAGAAUAUCAAGUCUUCUAACAUUUUGCUAGACGCAGAUCUCAACCCUCGUCUCUCAGAUUACGGCCUCUCAAAAUUCUACCUUAGAACGAGUCAAAAUCUAGGAGAAGGAUACAAUGCACCAGAAGCCAGGGACCCUUCUGCUUAUACACCAAAGAGUGACGUCUACAGCUUUGGCGUCGUCAUGUUAGAGCUUCUCACCGGUCGAGUUCCAUUUGACGGAGAGAAGCCAAGGCCGGAGAGAUCGUUGGUACGGUGGGCGACACCACAACUUCACGACAUAGAUGCAUUGUCGAAUAUAGCGGAUCCAGCUCUGCACGGACUUUACCCACCAAAAUCAUUGUCAAGAUUCGCCGACAUUAUCGCAUUAUGUGUUCAGGUGGAACCGGAGUUCCGACCACCGAUGUCAGAAGUUGUGGAGGCGCUUGUACGGAUGGUUCAACGGUCAAGUAUGAAGCUUAAAGAUGAUCUUUCAUCGUCUUAUCGAGCCCACGACGAUUAUGAUUACUAGAGUUAAGAAGAAAGAGUAGUGACAUUAUAUAUUUAUAAGACAAGAUAUAUAGUUAAUAAUUUUCUUGACACAAAACAAGAGAAGACUAAAUCAUUAUUUAUUCAUUCAAAUAUUUUUGUGUUCAUCUUUUAAUAUUCGGUGUAUUCCGUCGCUGGAAAAACAUUCAUCUCAUUUAAAAAGAAAAAAAUUACAUAAAUAAGUAAAUGAUUAAUUAACGAUAAACACAACUUUUCGGUAUUCUGCGAGUGCCCAUAAUGGGAAGGUGUUUCUGUAUGUAGCAUAGUGUAGCAUGCAUGUA